CUCUUCCUCCAAGUUUCUUAGGCCCCCGGGUUCCUUAACCGAACAUUGGUGCUCUCGUUGAGAGUGUCGAACACAUCAAGCAUGCUCCAAAAAAUGGUUGCGUCAAGAAUAGUGACCAGGUCAUCCGCCGCCAACACCGGUGGUGGCCUCAGGAUGACUGUCACGGCGCCAAUCAGCGCAGGUCAUGACGACCUGGACGUCAGCCUCAACGACGUCAAUAGCCAGAACACCACUGAUCUACGCCACCGCAUUCCUAGGCGGCAAACGACGAACGUUGGGGUAUCUCAAGAACCUACCCAACAGGACGUCGCGAGGUCUAGCAGAACGUGGUGGAGAGCGCGGAGCUUUUCGCCCAACACCUGAAAAGUCUGAUGGAGGACCCCCGCAUGAACCCUUCGGCGGGGGACCUGAGAACAAGGAGUUGAGCCGCUCCCAGCAGCGGGACAACGGUAAGGCCCCGGAGCGUAAGGCCAACAAGAAGCAAGCUAGCCGACGAGACAAGGAUACGGAAAGCAAGCGUCAUGAACCCCUGAAGGAAGGACAAGGCGAAAGUGAGUCGCACGUGUCCGUGUUCAGCCGGAUGCGAGUGCCGGCCACGGAGCGAUUGCAUGGCCGACAAAAUGCCUUCAUACAGGGCGGAGCAGGGAAAAUCAGGAUGCCCUGCGAGGAACAGUGUGACCGACAUAGAGAAGUCCAUCCAGAAGGGCCGAAUUCCUGAUCCGAGCAGCCCAUUCAUGAUGUAUUUAGAUUGUACUAAGGACUUUAGGCCUCCCCCAAUAUUCAAUGUAAUUUUUCUUUUUAGAAAUAUUGUUAAAACCGAGUUCUUGAGAUUUCCAAUAAAGUUGUGAUAUUUCACUCUAUGGUUUGAUCUUUGAAGACUUAAUCAAAUACUGUGAUAUGG